CGGGCUUUAACAGUCGCGGAAAACAUGUUGUUGUCGUCGUCAUUCAUUUCCUGUAUCUCUCUUUAAAUACUCCCGAAUAAAAAAAAAAUCACAAAAACUAUGGUGACUAUUGUUAUUGCUUCUUGGGCGAGGUAAUGUCACAUUUAUUUGGAACUUACAAAAUACUUACAUGGAUCACCACCAUUCGUGAUGUUCUUACAAAACGGACUUCGCAAACCCGAACCUGAAGGAAGUUCUCUUAAACAGCAACAAACCAAAGACUCGAGGAGUCAAGAAGAGUGCAGUAGGGCGUUACACAUUUUGGAUUCUGCUCCUGCUCCAGGAUGGACGGCCCACGUCACAAAAGAAGGAAGACUAUAUUAUUGCAACCACAUAACGCGUACGGCCGGCUGGCUCCCUCCCGCCGACGUAUGGAAAACAGAGACAGAGACUUUACCUUAUGGUUGGGAACGGGCUGUAGAUGACACCGGUAGAUCUUACUACAUCAACCAUGUCAAUAAAACGACCACCUACGAAACCCCGAUAUACAGGGUGACCGAAAACCUUCCCAAGCCGAAACCCAGAUUCGUGACUUUGGAACGAUCGGCAAGUCUCGGGUUCGGGUUCGUAGCUGGUUCCGAAAAACCCGUCAUAGUAAGGUUCGUUACCGAGGGCGGGCCCAGUGUAGAUAAGUUACUUCCUGGAGACCAAAUUUUAACGGUCAACGGGGAGGACGUGAAACUGGCCCCGCGGGAACACGUCAUCUCAUUAGUCCGUUCCUGUACGCACUCCGUCACUUUGGAAGUUUGCCAACCGACGGAGCAGCAGGGCGUAAGGAAAUCAACCCUGCUAUCGGCCACGAAACGAGCCCGUCUCAAAUGCAAACCCUCCAGGGUGCGAUUUGCAGAAAGCGUCUGUGUCAACGGUGCACCGUUAUUUCCGCCUUCCGCGUUUUCUCUCGGCGACAUUUGUGUGCCUCAAAUGGCGAACGUCCUAAAGGUGUUCCUAGAAAACGGCCAAACCAAGAGCUUCAAAUAUGACACCUGGACCACCGUUCAGGACGUAAUAAAUUCCCUGCAGGCGAAACUGUGCAUUAAAGCCUCCGAGUAUUUUAGUCUAGUCGUAGAACAUAUCAAAAGUCUGAAGCGCAAUAAGUUAACGUUACUUGAUCCGCAGGAUUCGAUUGCCAGGAUCGCUUCGCAACCCGGUGCCCACAAGCUCCGUUGUUUAUUUCGCGUAACCUUUGUGCCAAUAACCGCAGCUUCAUUGGCCCAAAAGGAUUUAAACGGACUCGACUAUCUGUUUAAUCAGUGCUGCAACGACGUCAUCCAGGAACGGUUUUCGCCCGAGCUGCAAUACGAUACGGCAUUACGAUUGGCUGCCCUACACAUGUAUCAUCACGCCCUGGCCAAUAAUAUGCAGGCAAACAAAUUAACCGUGAAAAUUGUCGAGAAGGAAUUCGGGUUGGAACGCUUCAUCCCCGCCUCGGUGUUGGACAAUUUGAAACCGAAAGAAAUUAGAAAAAUUUUAGGUCACUUUCUCAAGCUUCACUCGAACAUGACCGGGUCUGGGAAGCAACUGACGUCGCUGCAAGUCAAGUUACAUUACCUGGAUAUCACUAGUCAGUUGCCCAGUUAUGGUGCCAAGUGUUUCUCGGCGGGACCGAAGGGCGAUACGAUGGAAAAGGUGAUCUUAGUGAGUCCCAAGUUUGGUAUUAGUCAGAUUACUGGACAUAGGAAUUCCGUGUUCCAGCCAGUACCUCUGGCAAACAUAGAAGACAUGAGAAAAAUCGAAGUGCGAACAAACGACGAGGUGACCCGCCUCGUAUUCAUCACCUUAAAAAGUGACAAAAUACUAGAAAUCACUUUGGACGAAAAAGACGCCGUAGAACUGGUACUGAUCCUUCGCGGCUACUACCGCUUAAUAACCGAACAAGAGCUACCGGUAGACCAAGAUAAAGUGGAGAUUAACGAAGAUUUAGCGCCGCCAUAUGUGUCCCAGCACAAAGUGAUGCCCGAGAAAUGGAGCUAUUUGGAGCAAGGCGGAAUCAAGACUGCCUCGUUUGCCUUGCAACCGACUUAUCAGAAUAUCAAUAAAAAAACGAACGGCCUGUAUAAUACGGUCGGGAGACAUUCGAAGCAGUCCUUGCUAGUGAAAUAUGAUCUCGAUGGGAACAUGAACAGCUCCAUGGCGAAUAGGAACACCAGGUUCGCGGGUAAUAUUGACUUUGGUUGCGUGGCAAGGGACACAGACUUUACGAACAUCCUUAGUAAUCAGCUUGAAGGACUGUAUCCGUUCGAAAAACGCGAAGAAGACUCUAACGCCGACCCUCAGCACACGAACAGAUUAACUUAUUCAUCAGAGUGGCAGGAGACGAGCGUAGACUUCGAUAGCGAUGCCGACGAAGAGGCCGGUAAACUGAAACACAGCGACUCGUUGACGCUGUUAAACAAAAUCCACGAGAAGGAGUUCGGCCAUAAAGAAUCCGAAUUAUUGAAGCAGCUGCAAUCGGAGAGCGAUAACGACUCGCUCUACACUCCUCACGCGUCACCGAAACUCACUAAAGACGACACCGCGUUGGAUAUGCAGAAGAACAUGAGUUUCGGUCUGAGGUCACCGAACACCCUGGACAACCACAACAGGGAAUUCCAAGAGUACCUGCAGCGAAUCUGCGACGAGGAAAAUCGGACCGAGUCGAGCGUGCUGAACUCGAUCAAUGAAAUGUUCGUGUUCGAUCCGGAUAUUAUCGAUCUGACGUCGCUUCCGCCUCCGAUUACGCCGGAUGAACUUGAUUCUGCUUUACCCGGGCCGCUUAAUGUACCUCCCGGGCCUUUUGCUGACUCUACUGAGAGGUUAAAUGUACUGGAUAUGAACGAGAACCAAGACCUAGAAGAAUUCCUGGCUAGCGUGAGCGUACCUCCGCCAGUUCAAAAGGUCACUCCGGCCAUGGAAUUGACCCCGGAGGAAAUAAUGGCGUACAUCAUUCCUCCACCACCCGAUAUUGAAAAACCCAACGGGGCAGAUGAGGUUUUUAAGACGGAAAGUGGUGCCGCACUGGUUAAAAACAAAUCGGUUCUACACGACGUGUUGUAUCAGAAGAAAGAAAAGUCACCGGUUGCGACCAAUGGUGGUGAACCCUUAAAGCCUUUACCAAGGAGGAGCAUGGAUGACAAGCCUCCGGAAAGGCCACCAAAAGAGUUCAUAAAAGCUCGAAGGGACUCCUCACCUUGGUCCCCUCCUAAAGAACUUUUACAACACGCCGACUUACCUGCCCCGCAGCUUCCACCGCGAAGUCAGUCCAACGAGAAACCCAAUAAGCCCCAACUGCCCCCCAAGAAACCUCAGCUCCCUCUAUUGUCCUCGCUAAACGACCCGGUUCCUAAAGACGCUGAUGGUAAAAUUAUGAAAAAUAGUCACAACGUUCAGGAGGAGAGAACUUUAAAGGAAUGUUCAAUGGCGGUGUCCACACCCGUGCCUUCGCAGAUUGGAAAGCCUCCGUUAGCAAUUUACAAAGAUCCUGCGGAAAAUGACAAGGAUCCUCGUAACCCGUCGAGUCAUAAUAAACAAAGCGAAAAUUUACCCGAUAGAAGCCCGAACGUCGAGGAGCUUUUAUCGAAAACCGAAUUAGCACUUAAGGAACUUUUGACCAGAUUGAAGCAAGCUUCCGUUAAGUGCCUUGGACGAAUAGUGAACGGUGAUACAUCGUUGUUAGAGAAAGAAAUGCAGAGAACCAAAGAAGAACUGACUGCCCAAUCGUUGCAGCUGGUGUCCUCCAGUAAGCUACUAGUGAUCGCCAUGUCGGAUGCCUUCCUUCCGGACCUCUUCGAAAAUUUAGCGGUAUGUUUGACAAUAUUAAGAAGACUAACGGAACUGUGCCAGGAUCUCGUGGUUUAUACGACCAACGCGCCGUUACAGAGUCGCAAUCUCAUCCUGAACGUGUACGAUCUUGUCGAGAACUUUCGCGUUUUCGUCACCUCACCUAUUGACCGAAGUUCCUCGAAAGCGGUCGAGGAACAUUUGGCCCUGCACGCCGAAACUUUGGCGAACAUUUUGUCGACUUUAUUGCGAAACCUCAAAGGAUUUCCGACUUAGGAGGAUUACUACUAUAUAGAAUAAUAUGUUAUACAUAUAAAUAUUAGGUUAAUUAUUCUAACCGGAAUUGUAUAAAUAAAAAAAAGAAUCGUAAUUCGUUUCCAAAGAUUAUAAAGAUAUUUUAUAUUAUGUUAUGAUUUGUUGUGUUAUGCCCGUAUUGGUUGGGAAAAUUAUUAUUGAAGUGACUUUUAGGUCUAACGGCGUUAUUACUGUAUCAGUUUGCGAAAGGUGUGUGUGUGUGGUAUUUUCUCAGUUUUCGUCUCAUAACAAUACAUGAUAUAUGGUUGGGUUGAGCCAAUCUGGAAGAAUUCAAAGAUCCGUGCACUGAUAAAUGAAAAACAAAUUAAAGGACCACUUUCCCAGUAUUUGAUCACAUUCCCAAUUAAUAAACUGAAUGAAAUCCUCUCAAUCAGGUAAUAAGCAAAUUGAAGUUAAGCCUACAAAUUCAAAGAGUCUAUAAAACCUUUGUUAGGUUAAUACAAUAAACAGACUCAAACUACUAUAGGUAAUUGUUAUAAUGAGUGGAAGUAAGAGGGAAAACUGGUCUACACUAAAAAAUCAUCACCAUCCUUGUUCUACUCAACGUAAACCUGAUAAACGUCAAAACGCGGCGAAUUCUCCCGGCUCAAUAAAACCGACUUGAUGUGAGGUAUGCGCAUAUUCAGAAAAUUCCAAGUUUCCAUUUAUCGUUAGGGCCAUUUUCCGCUCGUAUUGACUCGCGUUGAGUCUCAAAUUUUCGAAAUUAAAAACCCGGUUCUGACCCUCUAUUCUGGCCCUCUCAAACUUUAAGAUUUAAAUAAAAAUGUCUAAAAACAUAAUUCGACCUGGUUGCAACCAUCGAAAGCCUUAGUAAGAUCAUAAAAAAUGCCUGCAAAAACCACUUCAUUAUUGAGGAGUAAUGAAGAGAAAAUACCACCACAAAUUACCUCUGAUUUAACCGGACUCUGAGGCUGUUUUAUCAAUGCAUUCCAUUUUUAUUCGCGUUUUUUUUCGUUUGUUUUGUAGUUGACGACAUAAUUGUUAUAUAUAUACUUAUACAACAUAAUAAAAAGUAUUAUACACGUGA